GAUCUGCUGUGUGAUCGAUACAUGCAUGCCGUGCAUCGAUCGUUGAACGACACACCACUUCCACUGCAGUUUUCUCAAAGAAUAUCUUCUUUGUUUCUUGUGCACUAGUGUUCGUACCUACCAUUAUACCUGCUCUUGAUUGUAGAAGAAGCAGCCAUGAAGAUUGAAGAGGUACAGUCGACGACAAAGUCGGCUAGAAUUGCUGCUCACAGUCAUGUAAAAGGUUUAGGUUUGGAUGUGUCUGGAAAGGCACAACAAAUGGCUGCUGGUUUUGUUGGCCAGGAGUCUGCUCGGGAAGCUGCAGGUGUUGUCGUGGAACUUAUCAAGUCACGCAAGAUGGCUGGCCGUGCUGUCCUCUUGGCAGGACCACCAGGAACGGGCAAAACUGCUCUGGCCCUCGGAAUCGCCCAAGAGUUGGGACCAAAAGUUCCAUUCUGCCCCAUGGUGGGAAGUGAGGUGUUUUCCUCAGAGAUCAAGAAAACUGAAGUGCUCAUGGAAAACUUCCGCCGUGCCAUUGGUCUACGUAUCAAGGAGACGAAGGAAGUGUAUGAAGGUGAAGUGACGGAAAUGACGCCUUGCGAAAGCGAGAAUCCCCAUGGUGGCUAUGCAAAAACAAUCAUUCACGUCAUCAUUGGCUUGAAAACAACGAAGGGCACGAAACAGCUGAAACUUGAUCCUUCUAUUUAUGAAUCACUGCAGAAGGAGAAGGUGGAAGUUGGUGAUGUUAUCUACAUCGAAGCAACCAGUGGAGCAGUCAAGCGCCAAGGCCGAUCUGAUACGUAUGCAACGGAGUUCGACCUUGAGGCCGAGGAAUAUGUGCCUUUGCCGAAAGGUGAAGUGCACAAGAAGAAAGAGAUUGUCCAGGAUGUGACGCUGCAUGAUUUGGAUGUCGCCAAUGCUCGCCCUCAAGGUGGUCAAGAUGUCAUGUCCAUUAUGUCCCAGAUGGCAAAACCCAAGAAGACAGAAAUCACAGACAAGCUUCGCAAGGAGAUCAACAAGGUCGUCAACAAGUACAUCGAUCAAGGUAUUGCUGAGCUGGUGCCUGGAGUUCUCUUCGUUGAUGAGGUACACAUGCUCGACAUUGAGUGCUUCACGUACCUUCACCGGGCACUUGAGUCUUCCAUUGCCCCCAUCGUCAUCUUUGCCACGAACAGAGGCCACUGCACAGUGCGCGGCACGGAAAUAACUUCACCGCAUGGAAUGCCGCUGGAUUUACUCGAUCGUGUGAUGAUCAUCUCCACACUGCCGUACACUCCUGAGGAGAUGAUGGAUAUCUUGAAGAUCCGAGCACAGACAGAGGCAAUUCCAGCCGCUGAUGGUGCACUGAGUGAUCUCGGCGCUGUUGGCUCUCGGACCACCCUUCGUUUCGCUGCUCAGCUUCUAACUCCUGCUCACGUCCUUGCUCGUAUCAACGGCCGAGAGCAAGUUACCACAGACGACGUUACAGAAGUUGAUGAGCUGUUCUAUGAUGCAAAGCGCUCGGCGAAGAUCUUGCAAGAGCAGGCAGACAAAUUCAUGCAAUAGGCGCUGGGAAGACGUUGAUGCCGAUGAAGUGCAUGCGUGUCUGCGCGCGCACGCAUGUGUUUGUGUGUCUGUGUGUGUGUAUGUGUGUGUGUGUGUCUUUGUGUGUCUGUGUAUGUGUGUGUAUGGCAGUGUUGGUAUAUAUGACUUGUAUAGGAACUUCAUGUAAAUAGUACCAGUAACAAUGCAUGAUGUGAAGCUGUAUUAGAUUGUAUAUUGUCAGAAUUUGUUUUCUUUUUCUUUGCCACGUUUUCUAUUGGCAGUUGAUUUAGUUUGAGCAUUUUGCAAGUUAAAGUUUUGUUUGUAUGCAACACCCCAUCUAUGUGGCCUAUUGCCUGUGUGGCAUCAUCUUGCGAAAUGCUGGUACUGGUACUUGUAUCAAGAAUACACAACUACAUGGUAGUCUGGUACCUGUAUGUAACACUAUGAAUACUUUUGAGAAGUUUAUAGACUUCCCAUUGAGGAUUCAACUGUCAACACACAAGCAGCCCUUGUCUACACCA